UCGGCGAAGAGCAGCCUACCCCCUCCCUAUUUCCCUGCUCCCCCCCUCCCUACCCCUCCUCUACCCCCCACCCCUUUCACUCCCCCCCCAGCCCUCCCUCCCCUUCCCCUUCUUCCCUGCUCCCCGCCCUGGCAUCCAGAGCCUCGGCAGAAGCCGCCGGGAGCCCGGGCGGGGAUGCGGGAAGCGAAGAGCUGAGGACCCGGCUCCGCGCCGGGCGGAGCAUCCCCUCCCCAGUCCCCAUCCCGAGCAGCCCCCAUCUCCCUCUCUUCCUGACCGCUCGCUUGGAUUUAGGAUCUGCCUUUGGGAAUUAUUUUUUGGGGUUUUUUGGUCUCCUCUCGAGGUUUUAUUUUCGGGGAUUGGAUUUUUUUGGCGCACGUGGAGCACCGAGAGGAUUUCCUAACAUGAUCUUGGCUAACGCCUUCUGCAUCGUCCUCUUCGUCGACGAGCUCCUCCACUCUCUGGCUGGGUCCCCGUCCCCGGCGGGGCAGGACCCCCAUGGCUGGCGAGCGGCCGUGGACUGCGUUCGAGCCAACGAGCUGUGCGCGGCCGAGCCCAGCUGCAGCUCCCGGUACCGCACCCUGCGGCAGUGCCUGGCGGGCAGGGACCGCAACACCAUGCUGGCCAACCGGGAGUGCCAGGCGGCCCUGGAGGUGCUGCAGGGGAGCCCUCUCUACGACUGCCGCUGCAAGCGAGGCAUGAAGAAGGAGCUUCAGUGCCUGCAGAUCUACUGGAGCAUACACCUGGGGCUGGCCGAAGGAGAAGAGUUCUACGAAGCCUCCCCCUACGAGCAGGUCACCUCUCGUCUCUCUGAUAUAUUCAGACUGGCUUCAAUUUUCUCAGGACCGGACCCCGCCGCCGGCUCCAAGAGCAACCACUGCCUGGACGCGGCCAAAGCCUGCAACCUGAACGACAGCUGCAAGCGGCUGCGCUCGGGCUACAUCUCCACCUGCAGCCGGGAGCUGCCGGCCGGGGAGCGCUGCAGCCGCCGCAAGUGCCACAAGGCUCUGCGGCAGUUCUUCGACCGUGUGCCCGGCGAGUUCACCUACCGGCUGCUCUUCUGCGCCUGCCGCGACCGGGCCUGCGCCGAGCGCCGCCGCCAGACCAUCGUCCCCUCCUGCUCCUACGAGGACAGGGAGAAGCCAAACUGCCUGGACCUGCGCGGCGCCUGCCGCGGCGACCACCUCUGCCGGUCUCGCCUGGCAGAUUUCCACACCAACUGCCAAGCCUCCUUCCAGUCCCUGACCAGCUGCCCUGGGGACAACUACCAGGCCUGCCUGGGCUCCUAUGCAGGGCUCAUUGGCUUUGACAUGACACCCAACUACGUGGAUGCCAGCACCACCAGCAUCACCAUCUCACCCUGGUGCUCCUGCAAGGGCAGUGGCAACCUGGAGGAAGAGUGUGAGAGGUUCCUCCGAGACUUCACAGAGAACCCUUGUCUCAGAAAUGCCAUCCAAGCCUUUGGCAAUGGCACUGACGUGAACCUGUCCCCGAAGAGCCCCUCUCUGGCUGUCACUCUGCCACCCAAGACAGAGAAGAGUCCUGUCCUGCCAGAUGACAUCAACGACAGCAACACCAUCUACGACACGAGCAUCAUCUCCACCUGCACCUCCGUCCAGGAGCAGGGACCCAAGCUAAACAAGUCCAAAGAGCAGAGCCUCUGCUACUCAGAGACCCAGCUGACCACAGACAUCAUGCCAGACCAGAAGACCUUCGUGGACCAGAAAGGAGGCAGCCCCCGGCACUGGGCAGGCUGGACCCUGCCCCUUGUGCCCACCCUGCUGCUGCUGCCGGCGCUGCAGAGGGGCUGAGGAGGCAGCGGCGGCGGGGGAGGACCUGGCGGGCACCGAGCCUGCACCUCGGCUCCUGCUGCAGCAAGCAGCGACCCCGAGACUGAGCCCCUGGGAGUGCUGAGCCCUGCCUGCUGGGCAGCACGAGGACCCCCACCACGCUGGCAGCCUUGGGUGGCUUUCUUCUCGUUUUCACCCUUCUUCUCCCCCCCUCUCUCCUCCUCCUUCUCCUCCUCCUCCUCCUCCUCCUCCUCCUCCUCCUCCUCCUCCUCCUCCACCUCACCGUUGGGAUCUGGUUCCAGAGGCAGGAGCCUGCAGCUUGUGCUGAAACCUUCGCCCAGCAGUCCUGCACCAGCAGAUCCUGAGCUGCCAGCAGCACCAGGAGGGAGGCCAAGCCCCCGGCAGGGCGCUGCGGGAGGAUGUUGCCAGGAGCCAUCACCACCCCCGGGCUGAGCUGGGAAUGGCCACGCAGGUGGAGAAGCUUCCCCGCGGGAGCAUCCCGGAGGACGGACGCGGAGCUGGGAGGCUCCUUGCACCCUCCGGGGGGACUCACUUGAGCUCUUGACGUGAUUGGGCCUUUUCUGGGCUGAUUUGGGGGUUUGUUCUGGGUUGCUUUUUCUUUCCCGUGGUUGGCAAAGAGUUUUCAGACGGAAGAGAAAAGAAACUUCUGCCGCGGAGCUGCGAGGCUGUGCUGGUGUCUGGCAGCGGCGCCCCCGGGGCACAGCUGCUGCCUCGCCCUCCCUGCAGCCUGGCUCGGGAUGGGACCGGACCCUGCCCGGGCGUGGAAGCCUCUCUCUGUCCCUCUCUCUCUUUUCUAUGUGCAUACAUAAAAGCAUAAGGUGAUGGAAUUGUGUGGGGUUGGCAAAGGCCUCCCAAGGGCAUCCUGGCCAAGCAGCAGCCCAGCCCCACUGUGGGCACCCAACCCUGGCCCCAGGUGCCAUGGGCACAGGGUUCUGGAACACCCCCAGGCAUGGGCACUCCACCACCCCCCUGGGCAGCCUCUGCCAGUCCCUGACCACUCCUGCAGCAAAGAGAUUUGUCCUCAUCUCCAACCUAACCCUCCCCUGGCACAAUUCCAGGCCAGUUCCUCUCCUUCUGUCACUGAUCCAAGGGAGUGGGUGGUGGAGUGCCCAUCCCUGGGGGUGUUCCAGAACCCUGUGGCCAUGGCACUUAGGGCCAGGGUUUGGUGGCCAUGGUGGGGUUGGGUUGAGGCUUGGACCAGAUGAUCUUGGAGGCCUUUUCCAACCCAACCCAUCCUAUGGUUCUGUCUGGGUCUGGGGGUCUCCAGCUCCCCCCAGCCAGGGACAAGCUUCAUCUUCCCUGGAUUUGGAGAGACCUCAGAUGCUGGAGGGAUGUUUGGAGGCCUUGUGCAGCCUCUCCUGGAGCUGCUUGGACAGUCCUGCUCUGAACCACUGCAGCUCUGGUCCUGGCAAAGUGGUGCAGGAGGGAUGGAUCCCACGUGCUGGACAAGGGCAUGUAGGCAGAGGAGAUACCUGGAGAGCUUUGGCUGAUGACAGCUUCAACAGGACCAGAAGAGCAGAAAGCAGCCUGCAAAAUCCACCUUUGGGCACUGCCUGCAGGAGCUCAAUGGACCUGGUGGCUUCUGAGGUGUCCCAGCUGAGUGUGGGGUCCAGCAGCUCCAGGCCUUGCAGCUCCCCAGGGGCCACAGAGCAAGGUGGGACCAGGACUCAACCUGCAAGCAGAGCAAUUUCCUUCUCUUUACCCUCUGCUAACCCAGAUAUGGAGGCAGGGUCACAGCUCACAGAUGUCAGGGGCUGGAAGGGACCCAAAGAGCUCACCCAGUCCAAGCCCUGCCACACCAGGACCAUCCAAGCCAGCUCAGGGCACACAGAACACAUCCAGACAGGCCUGGGAAGGCUCCACACAAGGAGACUCCACAACCUCUCUGGGCAGCCUGUGCCAGGCUCUGGGACCCUUCCAGCCAAGAAGUUGCCCUUGUGCUGAGCUGGAACCUCCUGUGCUGCAGCUUCCAUCCACUGCUGCUGCUCCUGUCCCAGGCAGCAGUGAGCAGAGCCUGUCCCCCCCUCCUGACCCCCAGCCCUCAGAUGCUGCAAGGAGCCUCCCAAAGUCCUGGGGACCACCCUAAAUCUCACUCCCCAGGUGCACCAAGCCCUUCCCUGCCCUGCCACCUCCUCUGCUGCCCCAGGCAGAGCUUUGCCUUCACUCCAACAGAAGGAAGAUCAAGCAGAGGAUUCUGAGCAGCUGCAGCCUCUAGGAGCAGCUUUUCUGCUGCCACAGCCUCGGGCCUGGGUCACCUGUGGCAGGAGCUUUGGCUCCUCGGUGCCAGCAGGAGAGCUGCAGUGGCAUGGGCAGGCUUUCCCAAGGGGAAAAGGUGAUUAAAGCAGCUGAGCUGGCACCUUUGCCCUCUGUAA